AUGUCAGCCUCCUUUAAGAAGACUGCGGUGAAAAAUUACCCACGUGUUGGGGAGAAAAUCACUCGAGAUACCGUCUAUUGGAAAAAUCUAGAGUUUCCAGUUACAAAGAAAGAAUAUGGCAGUAUCACUCAUAUCAACUUCAGUCCAGUCCAGCCUUAUCAGUAUGCUGUAACUAAUUCUGCAAGGGUUCAAAUAUAUGAUAGCGAAAGUAACCAGAUUGAACGAACGAUAUCUCGUUUCCGUGAAACGGCCUACUCUGCGACAUUCCGUGGUGAUGGACGCCUCCUGGUCGCAGGUGGAGAUGAACCAGUCGUCAAACUCUUUGACCUUGGGAGCAGAGCUCUACUUAGGACAUUUACCGGUCAUAAUCGGCCAGUUCAUGUCACCAAGUUCACCUCGGAUGGUCUCCACAUCAUGUCGGGCUCGGACGAUAACAGCGUCAUGAUCUGGGAUAUUGCAACUGAAGAGCAAGUCAUUCGAUACAAUGAGCAUACGGAUUACAUCCGGACUGGAACUGCAAGUAAAGCUAGUAAAGACAUCAUAGUCACAGGUGGCUAUGAUCACAUGGUAAAGCUUUGGGACACACGAACUGCCGCUAGUGUACUGACAGUCAACCACGGUCAGCCCGUAGAGAGCGUUCUGAUGUUCCCAGGUGGCGGAAUAUUCCUCUCGGCCGGUGGGAACUACAUCAAUGUGUGGGAUGCCCUUGCGGGAGGCAAGCUCCUGGCUCGGCUCAGCAACCAUCAUAAAACAAUCAUGUCCAUGUGCUUCUCUUGUAACCAUCAGAGGCUUCUGUCCGCAUCUUUGGACAGGCACGUCAAAGUAUAUGAUGUAGCCACAUAUAAAGUUGUUCAUACGCUCGACUACCCUGGUCAGAUCCUCAGUCUUGGAGUCGCGCCAGACGACAGUGUUAUUUGUGUAGGUAUGGCAGACGGCCUACUUUCAAUCCAACACAGAAAACCAGAAGACACACCCGACAAGAAAGUGAAGAAAAAGAAGAAAGUAUCAUAUCGAUAUUCAGUAAAAGGCAAACAGUACACUCCAAGCAAGGAUGACCAUGUCAUAGAGAAAAGGCGGAGGGAACAACUACAGAAAUAUGACAAGUAUUUCAAGAAAUUUGAACACAGUAAGGCACUUGAUGCAGGAUUGGAUCUGCGUGUAAGACAGACGACCCCCGAGGUGACUGUGAGUGUAUUACAGGAGCUCAUCAGGAGAGGUGGCAUCCAUUCUGCUUUAGCUGGUCGCGAUGAAAAAUCGUUAGGAAUUAUCCUCAAGUUUUUACAAAAGAACAUCAGUAAUCCAAAAUACAUGACCACCUUAUUAGAUGUAGCUACCAUUAUAUUAGAUCUUUAUUCGCCCCAGAUCGGCCAGUCCACCGUCCUGGAUGAUUACUUCCUCCGACUAAAACUGACCGUUGAUCGCGAGAUAGGAUACAUGAAAAUGUUAAUGGAGACAAUGGGGACCAUGGAUACGUUAUUUGCUUCUGCAUCGCAGACUGAUACGCCUAGUGACAGUUUGAUGAAAGACAGUUUACCUAUGUUGGUGCCAUCAAAGAGUGCAGCGGUAUCAGUAUAGCAGGAGGAUGACUCAGUUCUCGGAAUACUUCCUUGGACCACAUCAAAUGAAAACUCUCAUGGACUAAUAAUGCCGGAGUUGUAUUUGCCUCGGUGCUCUGAAAAGGAAGUGUUCAAUAUAUAGAUUCUACCUUGGUAUCUUGCAGGGGUGGUUCAUAAAUUGUUGGUUGUAAUACAUAAA